CGCUCUCUUUAUCACUCCAAUCGUCGCCACCUUGACCCCUGAAACCCAAAGUCUUGUCGAUAGGCUCUGUUACUGGGAUUUAAGUUUCUUUCGCCGAUCACUGUACGAAACUUUUGUUGAUCGAGAAGAGAACCAACACCAUGGACACAACAGGAGACUGGAGAACUCAAUUUCCAUCUGCUUCACGCUCGAGAAUCGUCAAUAAGAUAAUGGAAACACAGUUGAAGCAACUUCCAUUUAUUAGACCAGAGGGAACUAACGAGCUUAGGAAAAUUGCAGUCAGAUUUGAGGAGAAACUAUUCAACAAUGCCUCUAAUCAGACUGAGUACCUUCGUCAAAUAUGUAUGAAGAUGCUGAAUAUGGAGACUAAAUCACAAAAUGCAGCUGGUUCUUCCUCCGCUGAUGAUAACACCCCACCGUUGGUUCCAGAGCCUUCUGUUCCGAACAAUGAACCUGCCGUGAACACUGGUGACUGGAGAACUCAACAGCCACAGGAUUCACGCCAGAAGAAUAUCAAUGCUUUAUUGGACACACUAAAGAAAAUUGUUCCACAUUCUGGGAAAGAAGGAAUUGACGAGCUCAUGAGAAUUGCUGUCAGCUUAGAGGAGUUGAUUUUCAACUCUGCUAUAAACCAGGUUUCAGUUUUUUCCCCUUCAUCAUUUUUGUUAGUAGAAUAUUUUUGGCUCAUCAUUUUUAUUUCUUUAGUGUGAUCAAAUAGAUAGAUUUCAAAGGCAUUGGUAAAAAAAACAUUUAGCCUUUUGGGGCCUAUGAAUGAACCUUCUUAUUACAUUUUUGAUUGAAUACCAUGUGAACUCUUUCUUGUUAUCAUUCCUUUUAUGUAUAUAUUCAGUUUUAUUUGGAGUUUCAGGAGGAUUACCUUGGCAAGAUAUCCUUAAAGAUGCGGACUAUGUAAGAGGGCAACUAUAGUCAACAAGUGGCGUCGUUCUAAGCGGUCAUUGAAACUUAAUGCAUAGAUAAAUAUGUCUAAUGUAUCUAUUGGUUUGACUUAUCAAACACCAUUUCUCGUUUCUCCAGAAUCAACAAGGAAAAAAAAGACAUUGUUUGGUGAAAAGUAAAAAAACAAACUAGUUGUUUUCUCGUUUCGAAAACUUAAAACUAUGUUUCACUGGACUGAAAUAUUGAGCAGUUGAUACGCACCAACUCUUUCAAACAUUGGCGGCUAAAGAUAUUGCAGAAAACAUCAACAUAUUACACAUUU